AUGGGGGAGAGCAUCACCGAGGGCACGGUGGCAGUCAUUCUCAAGCAGCCAGGCGAGGUGGUGGUGGAGGACGACGUGAUUGCGCAGCUGGAGACAGACAAGGUCACCAUGGAUAUCAAGUACCCGCACAAGACCCCCGGCAUACUCAAGGCCAUCCAGGUGGCCGAGGGAGACACGGUGACCGUGGGGCAGGCGUUUGCGGUGGUGGAGGAGAACCCCGAGGCCGCGGCGGCGCCCAAACCUGCCGAGGAGGCAGCAGCAGCGGCGCCCGCGGCGAAGCAGGAAGCGGCGCCCGCGGCGCCGCCUCCGCCCAAGCCCGCGCCGCCGCCCAAGCCGGCGGCGGCGCCCAAGCCGGCGGCCGAGGCGGCGCCCGCGGGGCCGCCCGCGCCGGGGCAGCGGCCGGAGCGGCGGGUGGCCAUGACGCGCCUGCGCCGCCGCAUCAGCGAGCGGCUCAAGGGCGCGCAGAACACGUACGCCAUGCUUUCCACCUUCAACGAGGUGGACAUGACCAAUGUGAUGGAGAUGCGGCGCGAGCUCAAGGACGCGUUCCUAGAGAGGCACGGCGUCAAGCUGGGCUUCAUGUCGGCCUUUGUCAAGGCGGCGGGCGCGGCCCUGCAGUACGUGCCGGCGGUCAACGGCGUGAUUGACGGCAGCGACAUCAUCUACAGGGAAUACUACGACAUCAGCGUGGCCGUGUCCACCCCCAAGGGCCUGGUGGUGCCCGUGCUGCGCGACGUUGACCAGAUGAGCUUUGCGGAUGUGGAGAAGAAGAUCAACGAGUUUGGGCGCAAGGCGAGGGACGGCACGCUGUCCAUCGACGAGAUGGCGGGAGGCACCUUUACCAUCAGGCGCGCUUCGGUCAACGGCGGCGUGUUUGGCAGCGUGCUGUCCACCCCCAUCAUCAACCCGCCGCAGUCUGCCAUCCUGGGCAUGCACGCCACCAACAUGCGGCCCUGGGUGGUCAACGGACAGAUCAUGCCCAGGCCGAUCAUGAACCUGGCGCUGACGUACGACCACCGUCUGAUCGACGGCCGCGAGGCGGUCACCUUCCUGAAGCGCAUCAAGGAGAUUGUGGAGGACCCACGGCGCCUGCUGCUGGACGUGUGA